AUAAAAAGUUAAAAACCACUAUUUUUUUAAGUUGAAAAUUGAAAUUGUAUUUUAAAUUAAUUUGAAAAUAUAAUGUAACAGAAUUAAAUCGACGCACUAGUGAACAUGAUCGGUUUAAUUUUUGCAUUAAUAAUUAAAUUAAACUAAAUAUAUAAUAUAUCUGACAUAGUUUAUUUAUGUAGUAUACAAAGAUUUAAAUAUAAUUUUAUGUAGAGGAAUAUUCCAUAAACAUACAUCUAUUUUAAAUGGCAGCAAGAAAAAUUCUAAUCGGAGGUGGUACGGGUUUCAUUGGUCGAAACUUAGGUGAAUUACUUCUAGCUAAUGGCUAUGAGGUAACCAAUAUAGCCCGAAUGCCUGGUACUAACAAUAUUUCAUGGUCUGUACUAGAAGUAUCAGGCUUGCCCAAAAAGACUUGUGCUGUAGUCAACUGUGCUGGACAACAGUUUAUGGAUUUUUCGAAAUCCUGGACACCAGGAUUUAAACAAAAUGUACAGAAUUCACGAGUAUAUACAACACAAGCGUUGGCAAAAGCUAUAAAUCAUAGUGAAGACAAACCCAAAGUGUAUAUCGUAGUGACUGGGGUAGGCGCUUAUGAACCUUCCGAAUUUAAUAAAUAUGACGAAACUAGCCCCACGACUGGCAUAGAUUUCUUCUCAAGACUUGUGUUUGAGUGGGAGAAAGCUGCCUAUGUAGAUCCACCUGUUAGACUUGUAAUCAUCCGAUCUGGAGCUGUUUUAGGUAGAUGGGGCGGCAUGAUUAAAAAUAUGUUCUUGCCUUUCUAUUUCGGUUUCGGUGGCCGCAUUGGUACCGGCAAGCAAUAUCUUCCUUGGAUACACAUAGAUGACCUCAUACGCCUUAUACAUUUUGCUAUAGAAAAUGAAAAUGUUCAAGGCGUACUAAACGGUGUUGCCCCUCAUGUUAUUACUAACGACGAAUUUACAAAAUCUUUCGCAAAAGCAUUAAAACGGCCAGCUUUAGUUCCUGUUCCAGAAACAAUACUGGAUUUUUUGUUGAAUCCUGAAAGAGCAAUGAUUAUGACUAAAGGACAACACGUCAUACCAAAAAGAGUGUUAGAAUAUGGUUUCAAAUAUCAGUAUGAUGAUAUUGACAAGGCUUGCAAGGAGUUCGCCCAUAUUUUUCCAAAGAAACAUCCGCUUAAAUAAAUAUCAAAUAUAUAGCAAUUUCAGAAUAGAAAAAAUAGCACUAAUUUUAAAUAUGUUUCUAUAAUAAUUCUAGAAACAUGAUGCCUAAUGAAGUUUCAUGUUUUUUAAGUUACUAAUAGUUACACAUAAAAAACAUACUUCAAAAUUGAUGUGAUCUUAUUAAUUUACUGCAAUUAUAUAUACCACUAAAUUGCAUCUGCAGUAGUAAAGUAAAUAAUAAAAUCAUGUUUUUAAAUGGUUUAUUCUGGAAUUUAUGAUUUAAACAUUUUUUGUGCCUCGUAUUCAAAUACCUCUUUAGGUAUCAAAAUAUAUAUUGACGUAUUUGAAUGUUAAUUUAAACUCAACAAUUUGAUUUAUGUGAUAGUGUUUUUUUGGCAGAAGACAAAUUGUGCUUUUAUGUUUUUGUUCUGGUCAUAAUUUUUGUUAUAUUAUUUAUCACAAUAUUGGACUGUGUAUAAAAUAUAGGUAAACUUUAGUUAUUUAAUUAGUGAAUAAAUUUAAAUGAAUUGUAAAUUUUAAGUAUUUAUUGGAGAAUUAUUAAUUAAUAUACUUAAGUGUAUAAAACCACCGAUGUUAAAUAAAACAGUUUGUAAAUUGUUUUAUAAUUUAUGUGUUACACUACUUUCCGAAUUAUAUUCCUGAAUAUAGGUAAAAUUUUAUGUGAAGCAUUCUGUCGACUUUCUAUUGUUUAAAUUAGCUGUCCUUCUUUAAAAAAAACAUCUAAAUACACAAAGAGCAAAAUAAAAUGCCU